AUGAAGAACAAAGCAAGAAUAGAGGAAGAAGAUGAUGAUGAUGAAUACGAAUCAUUCAAUCAUGAAGAUUUCGAAAUGCCGCCAUUGGGUCAAGACGCUGAUGGUGAUGGGUCAAUAGACCUCGAAGACCUAUACGUAGACUAUCGUAUAUACAUUGAUGAAGAUCAUUUGGAAGCAAGUGGUGGUCGACAAUUAUCAAAACAAAGAGAUCAAAUACAAGAGUAUCUAUCUCAUACUUUUAAACUCGAUCAUUAUCUAUGGCAAAGAGAUCCUUUCUUUUUACAAUCUAAACAAGAUUCAAAACAUUUAAAUAUAUCUGGUAAACCAAUUGAAUAUUUAUAUGGUAGAACAAGAUUUGGUGAUGCAAUCGAUGAUGAAUGGUUUAUUGUUUAUAUGUUGUUACGGUUAUCUAAACAAUUUAAUUACUGUACUAUCUUUAUUAGAGAUAAUGAUGGGGAAUUCAUGUUGAUUGAAUCGGCAAAGAGUCUACCUAGAUGGAUGAAACCAGCGUCGACGGUGAACCGUGUAUUUAUUCGUGGUGGACACUUGCACGUUAUUCCUCAACCGUCGUCUCCCAAUGAAUUGGAAUCACUGCCUUUUAAAAUGACUCUACCCAUUGCUUUGGAUGUGAUCAAACAUUCGUUGAAUCAAUACGAUACAAAGUGUUCACAAAAGACAAUGGAUAUUUUAAACAAGAGAAUGGCAAGAUUCGAAUCGAGGAAAUAUUUUGAAAAGGAUCAAAAUCAUAUUGCAUCGAUCGUGGUACCUACUCAAGUUGCCUAUGUAUUGAAAAUGUAUCCAGGAUUGAUCAGUAGUUUGGUCAGUACAUUUUGUGAGAGAGAUGAAAAGGAUAUGUUGGCGGCAUCGAAAAUGACAAGAUUCCCAGCACCUACUACAGCCUCUCAAAACAUUCAAACCAAAGCUCGAUUCACCCGAUGUCUCUAUGCACAAAUCAAACAACAAAAAUUCUAUCAACCUCGAUCCUUUCCUCCACUCCCCAAACCAACUUCACCAAUCUAUCAUCCAACUACACUUGGUAUUAAAAUUCAUUGUUCUUUGGAAAUGUUGUAUCAGAAAUCUUUGGUCAAAAAAAAUACUAGUACCAUCAUACAACUAGACAAUAAUAAUGAAAAAUGGAAAGAGUAUUUGAAAAGAUUGGAAUCAACCAAUUAUUUUGGUGAUAAUAUUCCAACAUCUUCUGGAUACAAACAAAAAUUGGAAAAAGCAAAAUUAGAAUAUCAACAACAACAACAACAUCAAACUAAAGAAUCAACAUCCAAUAUAGAUAAUAUUUGUGAUUUAAUAGAUGAAUGUUUAAAAAAUACAAAUCAACAAGAUUUGAUUGAUCAAAUGGACAAACAAUACGGAGAACCAAGUCAAGAUAAAUGGUUGGAUAAAAUUCCAAGUAGAUUUGAAGAUCUAUUAUCUGAAUUUUCAAAAUUGGAACAAGAACAACAACAAAAACAACAAUCAAAACAAUCAACAAAGAAUAACAAGGAUAAUCAACAAAACAAUUUUAAUAAUAUGAAAAAACAAGAAGUAGAUAUGAUGAAUAAUCUAUCAAACUCUUUUAUGAAAAUGAUGAAUCAAAAAUCAUCAGUUGAUGGUGUAGAUUUCAAUAAUAAGAAAAAGGAUUCAAAUACUAGUGUAGAAUUUAAUCCAAAUAAAUUCUUAUCAACAUUGAAAAAUGUAGUUGGAAUUACAGAGAAAUUAGAAAUGGAAGAUAGUGACUAUGACGAAGAUUAUGAUGAUGACAGUACCGACGAUGGAUUAUAUGAUGAUAUUGGUGAUUAUGAAGAUGAAGAUGAACAAGAGGAAGAAGAAGAAGAGGAUGAUGAAGAUGAAAUAUUAUUAGAUUAUGAUAAUAUUUAUCUUGGACAUUUAAAAGGAAAUAAUAAUAAUACUAUCAAAAACAAUCAAAAUAAUAAUAAUCCAUCAUCUUUAUCAAGUUUAAUGAAACAAAUGGAUUUAGAAUUAUCACAAUCAACGAUUGGACAAUCAUUUGAAAAGGUUAAAUACGAUGAUGAUGAAAAGAAUCAACAAGAUACAACACAAGAAGAGGAGGAUAUAAACCGACCUGUAGAUUUGGAUUUCAACUUUGUAAAGAAUUUACUCAGUUCUCUAAGUAACCAAAAUGGUUUGUCAGGUCCUGCUUCUACUAUUCUAAAAGAAAUGAUUGACAAUAAAAAUGAUAAAUGA